GCACAUCAACCAAAUGCCAGACAAUGCAGGUAAAUAUAUCUUAUCCACAUUCACUGCUUGUCAACAGAAAGAAUUGUCAAAUACUUGGAUUAUUGAUACUGGUGCAUCUGAUCAUAUGUGUUGUAGCCUUACCUUUUUCACAACCCACCAUCCAGUAGAAAACCUAUUUGUCACUUUACCAACCAGUGCUAGGAUCAAAGUAGCACACAUUGAAACUGUCAUAAUAAACAACAACCUCACCUUGAACAAUGUUCUACAUGUCCCUAGCUUCAUUUUCAAUCUCAUUUCUGUCAGUUCCUUAAUCAAAACAUUACCAAUCACCCUAAGCUUUCAAUCUGACUUCUGUGUCAUACACAGAAGAAGAUUGGUUUUGCAAAAGAGCUUAGAGUAUUAUACCAACUUCAAACAUCCAUACCCAGUCCAGACCAAGACAUCAAUCUAGUGGCAGCAGUGAGCAGACCUAACAAUGAAGACAUGCACCUGUGGCAUGCUAGAUUAGGCCAUCUAUCCAAUUCUAGAUUUAAACUUUUGCAAAAGUGUAAUCCUGAAAUUCCAGUGAGUGUCAUUAGUCACUGUGAAACAUGUCAUUUUGCUAGACAAAAGAAGUUUCCCUUUCCUUCAAGUGCACAUAACUGCACAGAACCUUUUGAGAUUAUACAUUGUGAUAUUUGGGGUCCUCUCAAUACUCUUUCCUAUGAUGGUUUCUCCUACUUUUUGACCAUUGUAGAUGACUUUUCCAGAGUAGUCUGGGUAUACUUUAUGAAAACAAAAUCAGAAACAAGGCAUAUUCUAUAAUAGUUUUGCACCAUUGUCCAAAAACAAUUUGAUAAACCAGUUAAAACAAUCAGAUCUUACCAAGGAAAUGAAUUCCAUGUGGUAGAUUACUUUAGAGACCAUGGCAUUUCCCAUCAAAUGUCCUGUGUCGAAAGACAACAACUAAAUGGAAGAGUAGAACGAAAACAUCAGGACAUUUUGAACAUAGCAAGGGCCUUGAAAUUCCAAUCCAAUGUCCCUUUGCCCUUUUGGAGUGACUGUCCACAUUUUAAACAGACUACCUACACCCAUCCUAAACAACAAAAAACCCUUUGAAAAACUCUAUAACAAGCCACCAGACUACUCUCCUCUUAGAGUUUUUGGAUCACUGUGUUAUGCAUCCACUCUAGAGUCAAGCAGAACCAAGUUCCAACCUAGAGCUAGGAAAAGGAUGUUCCUUGGCAUUCUGCUAGGAAUCAAAGGAUACAAAGUGUAUGAUCUCCACACCAAACAAGUCUUUGCAUCCAGAGAUGUGUCCUUCCAUGAAAAUAUUUUUCCUUUUGCUACUCCUGCCACCACCCCACAUUCUACCCAAACCAACACAAUCUCUCCUUCUUCCCCUUCAUCUCAACCACCUCAAAUUCCUAUCCAUUUCCCAGCACAUAAUCAUUUGCAUACAAGUCAUGAUUCAGGUGUCCAUACAGUUCCUACUAUACCACAAUCACUUGGUUCCAUUAACUUUGAAACCAUGGAUGAAUAUGAUGAUGAGUCCAUCGAUGAAGUAGAAGCAGAAGGAGAAGGGAGGACAACACCAACAAAUUGUUCACCCUCAAAUCAACAAUCUCCAACAACUCAGCCUCAUCCAUUGAGGAAGUCUAACAGAACAGUUCAUCCUCCAUUGUGGCAUGAGGAUUACUUUGUUGGAAGCUCACAAAGCAAGUAUCCAAUAUCUUCUUUUAUGGAUUACUCACAGCUUAGUCAACAACACAAACACUACUCCCUUGCAGUAACCAACUUGCAGGAACCACAGACUUUUGAUCAAGCCAUGUUAGAAGAAUGUUGGAGGGAAGCAGUUAGAGAGGAACUAAGAGCUUUGAUAGCUAAUCACACAUGGGACAUAGUGGAUUGUCCAGUGGGAAAGAAGUUGAUUGGAAAUAAAUGGAUAUUCAAGAUAAAACUCUUGGCAGAUGGAUCAAUAGAAAGAUUCAAGGCAAGACUGGUGGCACAAGGAUUCACACAAGUACCAGGAAUUGAUUUCCUGGAUACCUUUUCUCCAGUGGCCAAGAUCAGUACAAUCAAAAUCCUAAUGGCAGUUGCUGCUGUAAAAAACUGGCACUUGAGUCAAAUGGACAUCAGCAAUGCCUUCUUGAAUGGAGAUUUAGAGGAAGAAGUGUAUAUGAAAAUACCACUUGGUAUUGAAGGAAUGGAAGGAAAGGCAUGUAGACUAAGGAAUUCACUCUAUGGACUUAAGCAGGCCAGUAGGUAAUGGUGUGCUAAGCUUACAGAAGCUUUGGUGACGUUUGGUUUCACGCAAUCCUAUUCUGACUACUCACUUUUUACAAAGAAGACUGAUAAGGGAAUUACAGUGAUAAGGGAAUUACAGUGAUUUUGGUAUAUGUUGAUGACCUCAUUUUCUCUGGGGAUGAUGAAGAGGCUAUACAGGAAGCCAAAGAUUUCUUGUCAAAGCAGUUUAAAGUGAGAGAUUUAGGAAAGUUGAAAUACUUCCUAGGACUCGAAGUGGCAAGAGGUAGCAGUGGGAUUACUAUCACUCAAAGGAAGUACUGUCUAGACUUACUGAAAGACACUGGAUUCCUUGAAGCUAAACCAUGCAAGACUCCAUCAGAAAUGAAGACUAGAUUAUCAU